UAAACGAUUUCAUCUCUUUCAAGCCCAAUAAAAUAUUUGAAAUGGAACAAGGAUCUGAAACGACGUCAUCUUCUUUGUCGUCUGCGGCUACAAGCUCGAAUCAACAACCUCCUUCCACAUCAUCGCCGCCCGAACUCAAUCUGAAGCAACCGCAGGUUCCAGGAUUCACCGGUUUCCUGGGUUUUGGCAAUGGUGAUGUAGAUAUACCUCCAGUAAUGUACCCUGCAGUAGUAGGCGGGUUAAAUCCGUGGGAAAAUCAACAACAGAUGAAUUAUGGGGCCGGCAUUUAUGCUGUCCCUGUUCUGCCGUGUACUGGAAUUUUUUCAAACACUCUUAUACCACUUACCUACAACAUUCCCACUACUAGAGCAAGUACUGAGGGUGGGUUGGCUGGCACAGAGCAUGGACAAGGGGAGCAAGAUCAACAAAAUCAACACCAACAGCCUGCUCAUCAACGACGAGUUGUAAGGAGAUUUCAAAUUGCAUUUCAGCUUGAUUUGUUGCUGAUUUUAAAGCUGGCAGCUGUAAUAUUUGUGUUCAACCAAGAUGGAUCAAAACUGAGGCUAAUUGUCCUUGUGCUUUUUGCUUCACUUAUCUACUUAUAUCAAACUGGAGCUCUGACACCAUUAUUCAGGUGGCUUUCACAAAGCAUGCACAGGGCAGCACAACCACCCCAUCCACCUAGGCCUCCUGUAAGAGCUGAAAAUGCUCCUGGCGCUGCAAGGCAGGGUAAUGAAAAUGCUGCUUUGGCAGAGGGACAAGCUGGAGCUGUGGAUCAGAACCAGCCUCUGAAUGGAGCAGCUGAGAAUGAGAAUGUGGGCGGUAACCAGUGGUGGGGAAUUGUGAAGGAGAUCCAGAUGAUAGUGUUUGGCUUCAUCACCUCCCUCCUUCCAGGCGUUCGUAAUAUAGAUUAGUUCUGGAUGAAACCAAUGCCUCCUAAGUCGAAGAAAUACAUGUAUUAACGACAACAGCAAUAAUAACAUCGGCAAUAGUAGGCCCAGCAGCCUCCUUCCAAGCGUUCGUAACAUUGUAAUUCUGACUGAAACCAAUGCCUAAGUAGAAGUUUAUCUGCUUUUAUA